AUUGCCGAUUAAGAGAAAGCAAGGUGGGCGGUAAGUAGGUUUCCCAUUGGAUGAAGAGGUGGCUCCUCUUCUCCUACUACUCUGGGGAGAACUGCUACCGCUCUUCACGCGGCUGAGAAAGGCAAAAUGUCUAGUACAAAAGUAGCUGUGGUAACUGGAUCCAACAAAGGCAUUGGUCUGGCUAUUGUGAGAGCCCUGUGCAAGCAGUUCUCUGGGGAUGUGUAUUUGACUGCUCGGAACCCUGAACGAGGCAAAGCAGCAGUGACACAACUGUCAGGAGAAGGAUUAAAACCACUUUUCCACCAAUUGGAUAUUACUGAUCUGGAGAGUAUCCAAACUCUCCGUGAUUUCCUCAAGGAAAAAUAUGGAGGAUUGGAUGUGCUAGUCAACAAUGCUGGAAUUGCUUUCAAAGUUGAAGAUACAACCCCAUUUGCUGUACAAGCAGAAGUCACAAUGAAAACAAACUUUAUUGCAACCAGGAAUGCUUGCAUAGAACUCCUGCCACUAUUGAAACCCAAUGGGAGAGUAGUCAAUGUAUCUAGCAUGGUUUCAGUUUCAGCAUUGUCCAGAUGCAAUCAGAAUCUACAGCAGAAAUUUCGGAGUGACACCAUCACCGAAGAGGAGCUAGUGAAACUCAUGGAAAAAUUUGUGGAAGAUACCAAGAAGGGAGUGCAUGAGAAGGAAGGGUGGCCAAGUACUGCUUAUGGAGUAUCCAAAAUUGGAGUGACAGUUUUAUCAAGAAUUCAGGCAAGGCUGCUGAAUGAGACAAGAAAAAAUGAUGGUAUUCUUCUGAAUGCUUGUUGUCCUGGGUGGGUCAGAACCGAUAUGGCAGGUCCCAGAGCCACAAAAAGCCCAGAUGAGGGAGCUGAGACUCCAGUUUAUUUAGCACUUUUACCUCCUGGUGUUACUGAACCCCAUGGCCAAUUUGUUAGUGAAAAGAAAGUUCAGAAAUGGUAACUAUGCACCUGCAUUACGCUUUUGUAUAUAAGCUCUGGAAGUUAUAGAUGCUACAAAGCUCUUUGCUACAAGUAUAUCCUCUAGCAAACGUGCCAAGCUCCUGUGCCAUGGAGGUGAGAAUCAACAAACAACGGAUUGAAGUAAAAAGCAUCCAGUUGCUUAGUAAAUUCACUGUAUAAUCUUCCUCUGAGGGUGACAAUUAGUGCUGCAUCUUAGUAACAGCCUUAGGGAUUCUCACUCUUUUCUAGAUACCUAAAAGGUAGCUUUUCAAUAUUGGCUUCUGAGAUAAUUCAUUCUAAAGAUUUUUCAAGCACACAUGCAUAAUCUUUUCUUUUGGUUAAUAUUGUUUUCUGUAAUGUAUUAAUUGUGUCAUUUUGACAACAAAUCUUGACAGUAAAUAAAAUUGAUGAUUAAAUAA